CACUACUGCUGCAGACAGGAAAGAGGAGCAGAAUAGACACAGUCUGAGGCAGCAGCACCAACUGGCAGCACCGUUCUGACAUCAGUGGAGCUGCAGGUGUAAAGUCACUCAUGGAGCACCUAAAUCUGACAAACAAUACUUUCAUAAAAUCUGAGGACUGUCCGUCCAUCGAUGACUUCCGUAACCAGGUGUACUCCACAUCUUACGCCCUCAUCACUGUGUUCGGCCUGGUUGGGAACGGGUUUGCCCUGGCAGUGCUGAUUAAAACAAGCCAGCAGAGUUCUCCCUUUCAUGUCUACAUGAUAAACCUGGCUGUGUCUGACCUGCUCUUUGUUUUGACACUGCCAAUGCGAAUUAUUUACUAUGUCAAAAAGGGCCAGUGGGACCUCGGGGAUAUCCUCUGUCGCAUCAGUUCCUACUGCCUCUAUGUCAACCUCUACUGCAGUAUUUACUUCAUGGCUGCCAUGUCUAUCACACGUUUCUUGGCCAUUGUCUUCCCUGUGCAGAACCUGCGGCUGGUGACAGAGAACCGUGCCCGACUGGUGUCCGUUGUCAUAUGGUUGCUCAUCUGUAUUUCGUCAAUUCCCUUCCUCUUGACUGGCCAGCAUUUGGAUUCGACCACAAAUAAAACCAAGUGCUUCGAUCCUCAACCAGGGCCGGGCGAUUGGCUGAAACUACGUAAUCUGAACCAUCUUUCUGUGACUUUAGGCUUCGGUCUGCCAUUCCUGGUAAUCCUGCUCUGCUAUGCUGGCAUCAUCCAUGCCCUACUCACCCGCACCAAUGCUGCUAGACAGCAACGGGACACCGGCAUCAGAGCCAUCCGAAUGAUUGUCAUUGUCUUGCUGACCUUCCUCAUCUGCUUCACACCGUACCAUGUGCAGCGAACUAUCCACCUGAACUUUAUGACUCGGAACGACACCACCUGCUCAGAGAAGGUUGCGAUGCAGAAGUCUGUGGUGGUGACGCUGAGUCUGGCUGCUGCCAACUCCUGCUUUGACCCUAUGCUUUAUUUUUUCUCUGGAGAGGCUUUCCGCCGCCGCUUGUCCUCAAUUCGAUUUGCAAUGACAAACAGGGGUGGUACAAAAUCAUAGAAGAACCAGGUCAUGAGCUGGGUGGGGAAUCAAAUCUGAUUCAUACUCCGUUGCUUGGCGCUUUGAUAACUGAUAAUUAUCAAUAACUGUUGUUCAAUAAAACUUAAAACAGUGAUUAACGCAACAUUUUCAGCGUAUGUUCCUGCACAUAUUUUCAGUGGUGUUUGCGUAAUCACUCACCUCCAGCUGGUUCUGUGAUUUGUUUAUUUGUAUCUCUGUGCUACUUUUGAUAAUGUAUGGUUAGUCGCUUAACUGAGGAGGAAGAGAUUUUGAAUUUGCUUUAUUGAGAGGACAACAGAAGUGCAAGAAGUAUAGUUGUCUGGUUCUGUCAGAGAUUUCUUCCUGUUAAAAGGGAAAAAUGAUUACACGUGUUAUAAAUAGAGUGAUAAAAAAGCUUUUCUCAUAGACUUCUUCUUAUAAGGUAUGUAAAAUGUUUACAUACGGCCCAUGGAUUGGUCCCAUGGCACUCACUUGUCGUCUCAGUAGUAACACAUGAAUUGAAGGGUUUAUUUGAAGUGCACAUAUGCUGAAAGUGGAGUCAGGAGAGGGCA